AGAUAUCAAUGCUAACAACGCUUUGUGUCGCGACAAUGUUUGCUCGACUCUCAACCUUACUUAGAUUGUGCAGCGUAGGGCUUUGAACGACGCCGUCGCCAUUCUUGGUACAUCUCAGGAUGAGAUGCUUUGCUUGUUGCUGAUUCAGCACAUCAGCCAGGAUGCGUAACAUCGCCGGUCCUCGCAGGACUCAGUUCUCCAGCUGCGACGCGUGUCGAAGUUCACGUCUUGCCUGUGAUGCUGCUCGAGUGGGCUAUGAUCCCAGCCAGCAGCAGUGGGCUGGUUCUUGUUCGAGAUGCACUCGCCGGAAGAGACCGUGUACGUUCGAGUGGAUCAAAGAUGCGAAGAGGCCAGUAAAGCAGCCUCGUCGAAGCAAGCGGGCGGCAUCGCAACAACACAUCUCGUCCUCAUCGCCCGAAUCUAUCCGUGCUGGAGGAGAAAACACGACGACGUCUACACCUUCGAUCUCUCAACAGUCAAUUGGUCAUACUCCAACUCGGACUGCCGACUCACACGCUGUCUUACUCAACGUCAGCCCUCCGACAUCACUAUCUCCUUCGCUCGACAGCAUCACGUCUUCGGUGGGCGAAUGGCUGGACUGCGUUUACGAAAGCUGCUUUGAACAGAUUUUUGGGUUUUGGCUAGGCCGAGACUGCUGCCCAUUCGUCUGGGACCCAAAGUACGAAGUUGUCUUUGCCCCAUCUCGGCUCUUUGCCGAGCUCGACGCAUCCAUUGACCAGGACUGGGAAGCACGCAACUUAGAUGACACUGCAACGCCGCUGAGCCAACGCUUGGAGAGAAACCGUCAGAUUGACCAAUCUCUCAGACAUGCCAUUCGCUCAUUCGCAUCGCAAUGGCUCCACAUCAUUCCAAGGCAGGAGCGCCUUGGUCUCGUCCACGAAGAAGUUGUGCGCGAUCUUUGGCGCACUUCGCGACGGGACAUGCUGAAAGUGAUCAAUCGUGUCUCUUACCGCUCCGUUUUGACGUUAUUCCUCUUCGGCCUCACACCGAUCCCCGUCCGGGUCACCAAGGAGGAAGAGAUGGACGGUGUGACAGGGCAAAUCUGUGUUCAGGCCGCGCUGCAGCAAGUUCAACGACUCCGCGAGCGUCAAAGAAACUGCCAGUUCAACGGCUCGAAAGUUACGCUCAACUUGGAUCCCCUCGCAAGCCCGAAAACAACGAGCUUGCCACUCAGUCAGACGUUUCUUAGCAGCGAAAGCCGCGCGUAUUGGGGUGCAUUGACCUUCGAUACAUCCGCCUCGUUAACGCUGAACUUCCGGUCCUCGCUAACAUCAGGCCUGCACGGGGUCGGGUCUGAAUCAUCAUGGCGCGUGCUGAGAAUGGGUGCACACUCCUUCCGUACCAGGACCCAAGACUGGCGCACACCGACCUUCGAGGUCUCGGAUGAUACAGCUUCGCAAAUCAUUGCCGCGGCGGUCGCGUGUAAGGUCUAUGUAUGGAAAAUGAUCGCUGUGCUCAAGGAAGCUCUCCGGGAGGGCGAUGAGGAAGAGAAAGUCGAACAAGCUUGGGCCGCAUUCAUCGAGUCCGUCGACUUGUUCCAGGACGGCUUUCGUCCACUGCUGAACGCCUGUGAGCGGAGACUACAUUUCCUCAGCCAAGUCGAACGCCUGAACUGGUAUGAGGUGAUGCUGCACUAUCAUCUGGGUAUCUUGAUGCUGGUCGACGCGGUGGAGGCCGCUGAACGGAACGACUUGCUACCACAACUGACUGAGCACAGACUUGAUGCGGAGCGUGAGGUCGUCAACGCGCUGAAAUUCGGGCUGGAAAGUACGCUUGCCAUUCGACCCACUGCGGCAGUUCAGACAACAUCGGCAGAAGCGCCGGUGUCGAUCACGGCUUCCUUCGUGCAGAUUGAUCCUUACCCUCACCACAUGGUCGCCGGAGUGCAGUUGAUGAAUAAAGUUAUUAGCCGAGAGUACAGGCUGGGCAAGAUCAAGCUCGAAACGUACAAGUACCUCAAAUCGACGUUGUUGAAGGCGCUGGAGGAAUUGCCGCCGACGUCAAAAUCGGUGCAGGAGGCGCGGCAGCAUUUACAAACUUCUUUGAUCGAAUUGAAGCCUCGAACUGCCAAUUCAAGGGAGACAUAUAUUGUGUAGUGGCCGCUUCGAGGUCAUCAAGCUCAUUUCCUGUUUCUAUCCGGGAUGCCUUGGUUUGCAAUCGGCUAUGCCCCGUUUGCGGGUGGGCAAGGCUCAACCCACCCAUCUCCGACUCUGUUAGAUUGUUGGGCGGUGGCUGAGAAAUAUCUGCAUCACGCAAGGAAACCCCUCUUGGCUACACAGACGAGAAUCUCCAUUACAGACUGUGAAUGCUUGCAGCAUGGGUAC